AACACACCCGUGAGAAUUCCAGCCGCCUCACCUUCAACUCUCGCUCUUACUUCACUCCAACCGCGACGGCGACGGCGACGGCAACGACAGCCGGCGGCCAAUUUUCUGUCCCUUCAACCUCUCCAGCUUCCUUCCAUCGGAGUCCUCACUGGAGACAACUUGUAUGAAUUGAGCAAAAAUCGGUCAAAUAUCCGUUUAAAAUUCUGAACUAAAACCCUUUCUUAACCCCUUCCGAUCAUUCUUUUCCGCCCAAUGCUACGCUUCUACCGCUCCCCCACACUCUCCCGAGUCCUCCUCCGGCGGUACUCCGCCGCCACCGCCCCCGCCACUGCCCCCGCCUUCGAUUCCGUUUCCGAACCUCUAUUUUCGUACUUGGAGGGAUUUCCAAAACCAGAUCCCAAAUACGCCGAGACGAUCCUCGCCAUUCCUCGCUCCAUCUCCGGCAAGAGCAUUUCCGCUAAAGAGCGCAAGGCUGGCCGCGUUCCAAGCAUCGUAUUCGAGCAAGAGGACGGCCAACAUGGCGGUAAUAAGCGUCUGAUAUCUGUACGGACUAACCAGAUCGUGAAGCUUGUCAAAAAUCUCGGUCGCUCCUUCUUCCUCUCCAGGCUUUUCGAUCUUGAGGUUCUGUCCGACUUCGAGUCCGGGGAUAUUGUCGAGAAGGUUCGGGUUUUACCUCGGAAGAUUCAUCUUCAUGCGGGAACAGAUGCUCCACUUAACGUUACUUUCAUAAGGGCACCUUCACAUGCUGUAUUAAAAGUUGAUGUACCUCUUGUGUUCAGAGGGGAAGAUGUAUGUCCUGGAUUGCGAAAAGGAUCUUAUUUGAAUACAAUUAAGAGGACUGUUAAAUACCUUUGCCCUGCUGAUAUUAUUCCCCCAUAUAUCGAUGUGGAUCUGAGUGAGUUAGAUGUUGGCCAAAAGUUGGUUAUGGGUGACCUCAAGGUUCAUCCUGCGUUAAAGCUUGUUAAGUCAAAGGACGAGCCUGUUUGUAAGAUUGCGGGAGCCAGAGUUUCUGAUCAACAAAAGAAAUCAAAAUAGAGUCCAUUGGAUUAUCAAGUUGAUUCGGCAUAAUAGCUUCUUUAGUUCAGGACGGCGAGUCUGUUUGUAAGAUUAUGGGAGCCUGGAUUUUCUGAACAGCCAAAGAAAUCUAAAUAAAACCCUCCAGAUUUUGAUAUUCCUUGAUUUAUAAAUUUUCUCCCAAUAUUUUAGCUGUUCCUUGGGAAGCACAUUGCUUUUUUUAUGGUUCAUUAGCAUUUAUUGGAUUUUUCUCUGUUCAUGGAAUGCUUGAACUCUGCUAAGUGACAAAAUAUUCUCUCUUUAUUGUUAUUAUUUUUUUAGAAG